CAUAUGGUGGGUUGUUUCGUAAGAACUAGCACAUAUAUGCUUGUAUGUGAUUGUAGAUCCAUUUCUAUUGAUGAUCAAGUUCAGUGAAUGACCGCGCAAAAACAAAACUGAUAACUUGGAAGAAUUUUGGUUUUGCGAAUAGAUAAAAUAAUUUUUGGAUAGUUGACACCGUUUUCAGUGUUCACGUGAAUUCUGAGCUAUGAAGCGAGUGUUUCUAUAUUUUUUACUUUUAUUUUCCAUUGAAAGGAUUCGGAGUCAGAUUACAGAUGAAGAUUACAGCAGUCUUCCUCCAGUGUUCAAAGCGGAUAAUUUCGAUAACUGCAUGCUUUUAAGAGAAAAGGCACUCUACUGCACAAUAAGUUAUCAACUCCAAGCAGUUGAUGAAGAAAAUCCAAGCAAAAAAUGGAACAAUAUAAAGGAACUCAUAAAAAAUCCGAGGAAUUACCGUCAUGACAUUCUAAGACAUGGUAUAUGUGUACCGACCACCUGCCCCAAUGCUACUACAUAUCUCAAAGAAAUUUCGCAAUUCGAGGCUGAAAUGACCAAGUGUUACAAUAAUAAAUUCGCGAAGGAUGGACUUAAUGGUGGAAUUACUUACAUGCACUGUCAAACUAAUAGAAAUUUACCACUCGAUGAGUACGAUAUAUCAAUGAUAACAUUCCUGACAAUAUACUUAACAUUAGUUUUGAUCGCAACAAUAUUUGAAGGACUGGCCCGAUACAAACCAAAAAUCGAAUAUGAAGAAAUAACUGGAACUUCUUUUGGGAAAAUAAUGACCUGCUUCUCAAUACCAUAUAAUUUUUAUCGAUUAAAAACAAUAAAGGAAAACGAAGAAAUUAAAUCUUUGAAAGUAAUUCAAGGAAUUCGUUUUCUCAAUAUGAUUUUGGUUAUUUUGUGCCAUAACAUAAUGCUUACAUUACUUGGGCCAAUCAGUAAUACGAAAUUUGUCGAAACCUUAACAGACAAUUUCGAGAAUAUUUUCUUUGCUUCAGGAGGAUAUGUUGUUCAAACUUUUUUUCUGAUAUCUUCAUGGCUAUUGACCUACAAUGUAUUAAAGAUGUUUGAAAACGAGAAAAAAAUUGAAUUGAAGGUGUUGUUUUGGAUGUUUAUCAACAGAUAUAUAAGACUCACACCUACUCUUGCUGUAGUAAUUGGUCUACAUGCUUCAUUCAUGAGACAUGCUUCUAGAGGACCUUUUUGGGACCAUAUCGUCGGCGAAGAUCACAGACAUUGUAGAAAUAAUGGUUGGACAAAUUUACUUUAUGUGAAUAACUACGUGAAUUCAGAAGAUAUGUGCAUGCAACAAACAUGGUAUCUAGCUGCUGAUACCCAAUUAUUCAUAUUAGGUCUAUUAAUUUUAGCCUUAAUUAAAAAGUGGAAGGAUAAUAUAAAGAUGAUAUUAGCAACCAGUUUGAUUAUAGGGGUAGCGAUACCAGGUAUUUUAUCUUUUUUGAACACAUCUGAUAUCCUCGUCAGAGCUUAUCCUGAAGUAAUCUAUAAUUCCUAUUUACAAGACAGAAAUUGGCAUCUACUUUUCAGUUCUGGAUUUUCUAAUAUAGGUGCUUAUGUAAUAGGAAUCAUUUUCGGAUAUUUAUAUUAUACUUAUCGUGAUAUCAGUUUCCCCAUUACUAAGAGUCACAUGGCAUUAUGGUAUUCAUUGACGUUCGGCUUAGGACUUUCAAUUUUAGCAAUAUCCUAUCCAAUGUAUGGAUACUCCUAUGUAUAUUCUAGGGUGACAUCAGCCCUAUAUUGGUCCUUUGGAAAAAAUAUCUUCACUCUUGCUGUGGCCAUUUUUAUAUUUGGGAUCACGCAAAAAAUAGGCUGGCUAUGCCGUUCAAUUUGUUGUUGGAAUCCUUUUGUUGUACUUGGAAGACUGACGUACUCAGCAUACCUUAUUCAUGUAUUUGUCUUAAGAAUAAGGGGGUCGUCUAUAAGAAAUCCAAUAUACAUUGAUAGAUAUCUUUUUUUUGCUGGAACUAUCGGUGAUGCAACAAUGACAUAUAUUUGGGCUUUUAUACUUUGUCUGCUUUUCGAAAUGCCCAUAAGUGCCCUUCAAAAACUUUGGAUACCGCAGAAACCAAAGAAAGAAAAUGAACUUCUCAAGAAAUCAACGUUCCCAAAGAUUGUUUUCAAUAAAGAAGAUGUUUAAAACAGUUCAACAAGAGAUAUGAAAUUAAUGUUGUAUGAAUUAUACAAAAAAAUAAUAACACGAUCAAACUUGGA